UCCGGUGCAUAUCCCCUAGGAGUUGGAGCAGAACUGUCCGAAUCAUCGGAGACAUGUGGGAGUAUCCAGCGGAACGACCUGACCCUCAAAAACAUUUACAGGAAAAAGAUCGGCACAGGGAUAACUUCUUUCACUGAUUCACAAAUCUAGACAGAAAAGCCACAACUUUAGCCAUGCUCAUUCUCUACAUUCAUAUCUGUUACAGCAAAGUCCUCCUUCGCCAUUAGAAUAAGUCGAUGAGAACGACCCAUCAAGUUCUCGCUUUCUUUCUUUUCUCGCUGGCGUGAGGUAAGAAAGAGAACCUCGAGGUGGGUUCCAGUACUUGUCAUGUUUUAGUCUUUUAGAUCGAAGACAUGUUAGAUCUUUGUGGAAAAUCAGAAUCUGGGUCUUGGAUUAGGCAAAUGGAGUAGUAUGUGUGCUUGUUAAACUCUGAGUUUUUUAUCAGAGAGAGAGAGAGAGAAAGAGAGAGACGAAAAGUUUAUAGACUUACUCCUGUUUGGAAGUGAGGGGUGGUAGGAUCUGGCAAGAAGGAAGAAAGACGAAAAAUUUUUCCUUCCUCUUGUCUUCCUUACUGAAAACUGGUCCCAACUGGAGGCCUCAUUAUUGAUCUGGAGAAUCAGACAAGGUCAUAAAGGAGGUUCUGCCCGUCGAUGACUACUAGAAUUUGAGUGUUUAUUGUGACCACCAUUGUACUGGGAGAACUGAACUGAAGAUUCAGAUUUGGUAGUGACUCUAUGGGUGACGUUUCGGGUGUUUUCUUUGGUUGGAGUUGGGAGGAGAAUAAAUUGUUUGAAGUGGCUUUGGCCAUGGUAGAUGAAGAGAACCCAAAUCGGUGGGAAGUGGUGGCAGCCAUGGUUGGAGGGAAAAGUGCAGAGGAGGUGAGGAAACACUAUUUUAUCCUUCUUAAGGAUUUAGAGUGUAUUGAAUCAGGUAGAUUUGAUCAUGGGUUUGAAGAUCAGCUGUGCCUUCAGGUUGAAUGCACUCAAUCAAUUUGUUGGACGGAUGAAGACCAGAAGAUGCUUUUGCAGUUGGACACAAAUUGACUGAUGGGGGCACAAAGCUUUUUCAAAUCUAUCUGGUUUCUUUAUUUUUAUUAUUGAUGGUAAGAUUAUGGCCAUAAACAUAAACCGCAUCAUACUGGAUAAUGAUAUAUCAAUUUUGUUCUUUGUUUAGUA